GCGCUCCAUCUGUGUCCCUCCCCAAGCGGCGCGCUUGGUGGAAGAGGACGACCAUCCCAGAUCGAAGGAGGGUCCCCUUCUUCGGUCAAGGGCAUGCGAUAGUUGCGCUCCCCUGCUAGAACCUGCAAACCUUUGGCUAAGCAUCUUCCAAGAACACCAUUUGAGACAUAGUGCCUUACUUGGAUGUGUCUGGAGUCUUGGAAGCUGGACUACCCCACGUUCUCCUACAAAUGGACCUUCAGGGGUUUGCAGCUUCGAGCAGGGGAGCGCAGCUCUUGUAUACCCUCGACUGAAGAAGGGUACACUCCUUCGAUCUGGGAUGGUCGUCCUCGUCCACCGAGCGCGCAGCUUCGGGAGGGACACACAUGGUAACUAGAAAGUCCUCUUGAAUUUGAAGAGGCGGUGACAGGCUCCGAUACCUCCCAAGUCAAGCCAAAACGCUACAUCACAAUGAUAGCAGCAAUAUAGAUGGAGACAUUCUGCCUGAAGGACAUCUAGGUGAGUAUCCCUUGCUAGGCUGGGAAGAAAAUUGGUAUUGUGUUCCUUCUGCAACUUUUUGUGCUAAGACUCUUUCAGGUGGCGGUGACCGAGUCGUCAGAAGAGGCCCUAUUCGGUGUCACCACAAGGAAGCUCACCUGCAGGUAGGAGAACACUUCUUCUUUUGUUCCAGCUCUUUGCUGAUUCUUGCCGAAAAGUCAAAUAAAGCAUUUUGAGGAUGAAGCUGCUGAUGGCGACAACUGGAGAGUGACUGCUGUCAGACACAUGAAGUCACACUUCAAAUGGACAAAGAAAAUGGUGAGCAUUGAACAAUCUUCCCUCUUUCCACAUUAAGAUUAAUUGCAGAGAUUGAAUCUCAUCCCUCUGUACUGCCUUGUAGAUCAUUGGCUUAUCCAGCUUCAAUCAAAAAUCGCAGUCAAAAUGGUAUUCCAUGGUUGAACGACAUUUAGGUUUAUGAAGUGAGGAAUACAAGGCUGAGAGAAUCCACAAGAAGAUCAAAUGCCAUUCAGGAGAAAACAUCGGAUUUCAGCAAGGAGCAAAUCUUCCUGUAUCCGUGGAAACAAUGUGAUUGCUUUUUUUGCUGGGCAAAUGGAACUGUAAAACCUCCUUAAGAACCUCCAGAUAGACCGGAGUAGGGGACAGAUAUUAUGAAUGGAAUGACCUCGGUUUAACAGCAGGUACUAAAAACAAGAGAGUGAAGGUCCCUGCCUGAUGUCGAGAGGCAAGGAGUUCAAAAGUGUAGGUGAAGCUGCUAACAGUAUGGAGAUGAAGAACAUUAUCCAAAAGGAAACCUUGGCCAAUGAGACUGAAAUAUGGAUUGCAGGAAGCCACAACAAUAGCACUUUCCUCCCUUACUACCAACAUUCUCCUGCUGUUGCUGCCAUUUUAAUCAUGGCGUACCUAAUUGUCUUUCUCUCAUGCAUGGCUGGGAACGUCUUGGUUUGUAUGGUGGUGGUGAAUAAUGAGCGUAUGCGCACUGUCACCAACUUCUUCAUCCUCAACUUGGCCAUCAGUGACCUCCUGGUGGGCAUCUUCUGUGUUCCACCCACUCUGAUGGACAACCUGAUCACAGGCUGGCGUUUCAACCAGGUUAUCUGUACCAUGAGCAGCCUGGUCCAAGGAAUGUCCGUCUCUGCUUCUGUCUUCACCCUUGUGGCUAUAGCCAUGGACAGAUUCCACUGCAUUGUCCUGUCUUUCCGGGAGAGGCUCAGCCUUGUGAAGGCUGUGGUGAUUAUUGUUGUGGUGUGGCUCCUGGCCAUCGCCAUCAUGUGCCCUUCUGCCAUCAUGCUCACUGUUGGUCGCGUGGAGGACCACUACAUGGUGCUGAGUGAUGGCAAGAAUACCACCUACCCACUCUAUGUGUGCUAUGAAGCCUGUUCUGACAGCAGCAUGAGAAAAGUCUAUACCACCAUCCUAUUUGUCCACAUCUACCUGGUGCCCUUGAUGCUCAUCUUGUUCAUAUAUGGAAGCAUCUGCCUGAAACUCUGCCGUUCCACAGCGCCCAUCACCCAAAACCUGACUUGCCCUGUCAAAGCCAAUGGCACGCCUAAGAAGAGAAUCAAGGUCAUCAAGAUGCUGGUCUUGGUGGCCCUCCUCUUCAUGAUCUCCUGGCUGCCCCUCUGGACUCUGAUGCUGCUGGUGGAUUAUAACAAUUUGGACGAUGACCACCUAGACUUACUGACUGGCUAUUUCUCCCCUUUUGCCCACUGGCUGGCCUUCUCUAACAGCAGCAUCAACCCAAUCAUCUAUGACUACUACAAUGAGAAUUUCAGAUGGGGCUUCCAGGCAGCUUUUAAGUUCCACCUUUGCUCCCAAGAGAUGGUGCACCAGGAAACUUACUCUGAGCAGUCGCAGGGGCCCACCAGUUUUAGGAUGUGCAACAAAGUCUUUGCAGAGGCAACUUCUUAUAACUCGGUGUCCUCACGGCACACUCAGAACACUGGCCCUCUCGUCUCCUGGAGCAUUCAGCCCAAGUGCCCCGGCCUCAGCUUAGAGGACAUUGAUAAGAUAAUGACUUAUCGUGGAAUUAAUCAGGCUUGGGGGAAGACAGAAAACUGCUAAAACAUUGAGGGGUGUGUGUGGAAAUAAGGCAAAAUAAGAGAACAAAACUUA